GAGCGGAGGCAGAGUGAGCAUUCUCAGUGUGGUGGCGGAAACGACAAGUCAUUGGCUGGUUCCUAACGUAGGCUUCGUGAUUGGCGUUGCGUUGUUUACGCGGUUUCAGCAGCUGAUGUGCAAGUAGCUUCCAUUACACUGAAGAACCCUAUUCACUAGUGUCCAUCGGAGAAGAGAAUUAUCUAUUUUUGACAGCCAUCAUGAAGUAAAAAUGAGCUCGAAUUCUUUCAUGGACUCGUUUCUGGGUAGCAAGUAUGCCAGUGAUGCCGUCUCGUCCGCCGCUGCCCUGCAAAGCUACGGCCAUCACCCCCAACAUAGGAUGUAUCCUUACGGAUCGCUGUCACCGCAGUCUUCCGUCGCAGUCUCCGGCACCCUGUACUACACUUCGAAUUCGGAUCUGGCCAAAUCGUGCAGGUAUAACUCCACAGGCCAGAGUAAUGGUAUAGACAUUUCAAGCACGGGUUAUGCCUUUAACCUACAAAACUGCGGCGUCUCGAGCUCGACGGCCGCAGCUCAAGCAAUGAUGGCCCCGGCACAAUUUUUGCCCCAUCCUGCUACCGACCUUGCCUCCUCCCUUAGCCCUUGCUCCCAGCUGGGCUACAGGCAACUGGACCCCAUACCAGACGUUCCCCGUUACCCCUGGAUGACCAUAGCGGGAUGGACAGAACACUCGCUCCAUGCUGGAUACAGAUCUUUAAGAAGUCCGAAUGGCUGUCCAAGGCGUCGUGGUCGCCAGACAUACACUCGAUUUCAGACACUUGAACUGGAAAAAGAAUUUCACUUCAACCAUUACUUGACUCGACGGAGGCGGAUCGAAAUAGCUCAUGCCCUCUGCCUAACAGAGAGACAGAUAAAAAUAUGGUUCCAGAACCGGCGGAUGAAACUCAAGAAGGAACUACGAGCGGUUAAAGAGAUCAAUGAGCAAGCCAGAUUAGAAGCCAAACUAAAAGAUCAAGACGACGGAAAACGCAAAAAUAGCAGCAGUACUACUGGCAAUAGCGACAAGAAGGAUUCUUCCACAUCAGCUGCUGUUAAAGAUCAGCAUACAGAAAAAAUUAAACAUGAAACCGACGGUGAUCCCAGAGGAAGACGGGAAAGUUUACAUGAUGAGGACAACGAUUCAAGAAAUUCCACUAACACAGAUAUUAGUACCACAUCUGUGGGAGAUAUUGUGGAUACGAGUCCUGGGGUGGAUCGCCUAGUGGCUAGACCGCUGAUUCCUAGCUCUGACGAGGCUAGCUUGCCGUAAAUUCAACCCCUAUGGUUCACCUGGACUCGGAGGUUCGGCUAUUGAUUAACCGAUAUACGACGUUUAUUGAUACAAAAUACUCUAUGUUGCUGCUACUACUAAUAUCGUAGUGUUGAUUUUUUACUUAGUUCAGGGUCGAAAUGAGAGUGACAUUGCCAUUUUAGGGUUCCCACGCUGAUGCACAAUGUUCUGAAUUUAACUCUGGUAAUAUUUUCCACGUGCUCAAUCUGACAUGUGCUUCGAUUACUUAGGUUUGAUUUAAUUCCUUCAUGUGAACCUCAGCACAAGCAGCUAUACGCCUUUCCGAUAUACGUAGUAGAUAUUACAGAUUAAUAGGGUACAUUUCCUUCGUACAAAGUACUUCACAAAGUCAGCAUCUCAGUCUCUUUUGGGUCAAUAUUAAAUUACCUUUCAAAUCAAGUUUCAGAUGAAAGUUGAAAUUAAAUUGUAUCAAUCAUUAUACAAAUAUUCUCUUACUCUUUAGAUACAGUUACCUCAUGUGGGAGCCCUACAUUUCAUAAGAGUAUGCAAAGAACGUUUCAAGAUGAGAUGUGUUUAAAAUAUUUCAUUUCGUAAUAUAUGAAUGGUCAUUAGAAAAUUCCAUUUGUCUAACCCCCAUUCUGCUUAGGAUUGCUACAAGAACAAAUCAUCAUAAUUUUGUAUUACGUCUUAUCAUUGAGUGUUUCUAUACGUAUUUCAUCGUUUUCUACUUCAUGAUCAGAAAAUGACUGUUAUCAAUUAGUUUCAUUUUCAUUAAUGUUAAGAGUUAAAAACAACGUUCAUUGAAAUUAUUUAAUUGUUUUUAUCAGUGACUCAGUGGUUGUUUGUUGUUGUUUUAUUAAGGAUAACCUAAUUUCAUCCCCAUUUUAUAGUCUAUAGUACGUUCAUGAUUUUCAGAACUCCCAAUAUUUAUGACUUAUUUAAACUUGCAAUACCAGACUAAAAAUUUUUAAAAAAUCGACUGCUUCGACAUGUAUUACACAAUAUAUUUGUUUGCAAAUAUGCUUUGUAAAAUGUGUAUUUAUUUAUCUUCAGUACUGAUAAUGUAGAUUGUUAAUAUAUCGACAUACUCAAAAGCAAUGAAUCAGUUUUUAUUUUUUUUUUCCGGCAAGAACUAUUAAAAUGCCAUGUACUUACAGUUUACAGAUUUUUACUAAACAGAAAUUUGCUCAAUUUGUUAUAAAUAUAAAAAAUUAAAGUACUUUCACAAUUUAUACUUUUUUUUUCAAAUUUCUUACUUUUUUAUUAAUGUUCUGUUUGUUAUCGUAUAAAAAUGACAUUUCUUUUUGUAUAAAAUUUUCAUAAUAAAUAUUUUUCCACUCAUUAUCCCAAAAUUAAAGGCAGUGUACUUAUCAUAUGAAAAAUAGAAGUUAUGCAAAAGAUAAGUAUAAUUACGUUGUUCAGCAUAAAUACAUUUCGUACUAGUCGUUUAUACUUAUUUUCAAAUUGAGUUCUGCGUAAGGUAUCAAAGAGUUUAAAAUUUAUUGCUAUGAAUCCUGUAAUGAAACUCGAAGUUCUCAAUAUAUUUCAUUGCUUAAUUUUGGACUAUAUUUUUUUCCCGUUAAACAAUUAAAGUUUUGCAUAGUUGUAAUUCAUAACAUUUAUAUUUUAUAGCAACAUUUAAAAGUAAACUUUACUGGGGGUUUUAUGAUCUGAAUAGAAGCUAUUUUCGAAGUUAUGAAAACUAAAACUGACUCAUUGCACUAGUUUUUUUUUAUUCAUAUUACUUCUGCUUAUGUUUUAGGAGUUGUAUUUUAGGAUGUAAUUAUAAAUGUUAAUUAUUUCACACGAUGAUGAUAAAAUUCUUCUAAGUUUUGUUGGACUUGCGUUGUUGAUUGCUGUUAAUAUUACGUUAUCAUUCUGAAUAAAAAAUUUUCGGUGAGUUAAUUUCUUUUACUUUUGGAAGUUAAAAAUCUUUAACUCGGUUGCUGAAUUAAAUCUUUGCAAUACAUGUUUGCAAUAAGUUUGAAUAGUUUAUUUUACGUGAGCUUAUUCUAAUGUAACUUGUUAUUUUUAGCAUUUUCAAUAAUUAUUUAUCGAAAAACUGUAUUUAAUAUCAAUUUUUCGGUGUGCUUGUUACUCUGCACUAAAUGUGAUCUUUCAGCCUUAUUGUGGUAUAGUGUUAAUAAAAUACUAAAAUUUAUUAUCGAUUUCAUUAUUUAUAGUUUUCGCUUAAAGUUUUAUAGCUUGUUCUCAGCUAUCUUCCAUUCUUGUAUAACAUGCAUGAUUGCUGUUAAACAAUGGAGUAAACUGCUCGAUUUAUUUUACCGCUAAAAUGAACUUAAGAAUCAUCUACGUUGCUUUCAAUAAUAAAGUAAAGAACUCUUGUCCAGAUGUGGGGAAAUGUUGUGAAUUCAUUCACAAUAUCUUUAAAUCAAAAUAGUGGUGCUUCGAGUUAACAAACAAUAUACUCAACGCCACGGAUUGAGACUCCUUAUAGGAAAAUUGACACUCCAAAAAAAAAAAAAAAAGUUUUAGAGAUAUUGUAGUCUCAAGAAAAGAAGUGAUUCAUAAAGCCCUCUCCUCGCAAUACUAAGAAAAAUGAAAGCAAGGUUUGGUUAGGUUACUAAUUAAGGCAGAGUAAAUCGAGGACUAACUGCAUAUAGAGAGGCAUGCCUUUGUGAAAUUCUAAGGAAAAUUAUGCAAACAGCCUGUUCGUCGGUAUUUGUACCCAUGUCGAACUACCAGUGUUCAGAGACUUUACCGCUCGGCCACUGAUGAGCCCGAAUACAAGAUGGCGUGCUUUGCGGUAUAUACUUAAAAUGUAAAUGGGCGAAUGAGUACUUACAAUCAUUCUAAAUUAUUAAAUCAUUUAAUUUUUUUAAAAUUUCAACUGAAAUAAUACAAAUCAUGCAGGUAUGUAAAAUUUUAAUAAAUAAAUAAUGAAAGUUAAAGACAGCUUAACAGUUGCUUUUAAUUCACUAAAAGCAAUUGUGACUAUAAAAUGAACUUAAAUUUUAUCAGAAACGAUUCAAAGAAAACUUACGGUGCAAUGAAACAUAUCCGCCUCUAAAAAGAGCCUAAAAAAUAUUUCAGACAGCUCCGUGUGUUAUCGAUUUGGCUUAAAAAAUGUAUUGCAUCUAAUGUAGCUAAUAUUUAAUCUCUCUCCUCAUUCUGACAACGACAUGUUUUAAGAGACAGAUACGAUUAUGAAUCAAUAAAAUAAAACAUUAUAUUUCAUCGUCUUACAAACUUGAGUAAUUAGAGCUCCAAGCUUUGAAUUCGUGUGAAAUAGCAGUUUCACUUUUUUUCCAUUGUUACUCAAUUCAGAAUUAUAGAAUUUAUUAAAUAAUAAACUCGCUAAAAACCGCUUUUAUUUAAAUUAUUGCCAUAAAGUAUGCGGCUAUGUAGGAAAAGUACAUUAUGAAUUUGCUCUCAUUGAAGAGCGGAAAUAAUUCAUCGUUAAAUUUUCAGAAAGUGAAUUAAAUUAAAUUCAGCGGUAAAUGAAAAAGUAAAUAAAAACUUAUGAAAUAAAUAAAGACUAAUGGACAGACAAAAGAAACAGUUCUGUUAGCUCUUUCUUCAAAUAUUUUAUUAAAAUGGAUUUUAGGAAUUAUAUUUAAUAUGCAAUACAAAAACGAAAUGCAUUUUCAUUGUUUUUGUUCAAAUCAUUGACUUCGGGGAUGUAAAAUUAAGAAAGCAAACUCCUGUGUUAACAGUCAAUCAUACAUGUUUUUUUCAUAAUUAACAUGUUUGACCUUUUCUUUGAUGUGCAUAUAAAAAUUGCGUCAUAUAUGCAUUGAUCCCAUUCUCCUUUAAUUAAAGGCAACAGUUUUAUCUCUCUUUAUGUUCAAAUUUGUUAAAAUUUGUUAUGUUAUUGGACAUAUGGUUAAGUCCAUAUGGGUAAAUUUUUAAAUGACCGUCGAAUUUCUGUAAUUAAGAGACAAGUGAAGGGUCUACGUGUUAUUUUUACUGGAAACUGUACGGGUCUGAAAAUUAGUCUUCAGUUGAGUUUUGGAUAAAAAUCUGUUAGCUCUUUGCUCCUUAGCUGACCAGUUUAGUCAAAGAAUAUUGCGCAAGCACUUUUCUGUAUUGGAAAAAUAAAUUUUUAUUUUCGCAAAUAAUUUUGUCUUUAGAUACUGCUAAGUGAGCUUAAUAAUUCCCAUGCACGAAAUUCUGUUUAAGUGAUAAAUUGUUGCCUUAAAAAUACUUUAUCUUUUUUCUUCUUUUAUCCUGGAUUUCACGCAUUUCAACAUAUCCUUCCUGAGCUACUGCCAUAAUCAUUGUUGCUCUCAUACUGUUCUUUAGAUUUUUAGCAUACUAAAUAUCAAUAUACGUACAACGUAUAUACGUAACUUGAAAUUCAGAUAGUACGAAUGGAAAAAAAAUGAAAUACUUUUGAGUAUUUUGAGAUAAACCCUCAAGAAGUUAUUUUAUAAUCCCAUUUAGCUAUCUUGUUGGAAUGAAACUUUGCUAUGUUUAUCUCAAGUACUGUAGAAUUAAGAGAAAUUUUGUAAUUUAAUUUACUGUAACAAAAGCUAUCAAGUCUUUGGAUAUAAAAUACGUUUUGCUUGACAAUCGGAAUAUUUCAGCUAAAUUUGAGGUUUUCAUAGAAAACAAAUUAUCAGAUAUUAAACUCAAUAUCCAAUUAAAGAAGGCAUUUGAUAUUUUAAAGACUAGCUUUCCUUGAAGUCUGGACAUUGUUUAUUAUUCUUUAAAUUAUAUAAAGGGUAAUUUUUCCCUUCUGACUUCUCAGUUUUCUUAGGUUCCAUCACUGUGAAAUUCCGUGAACUUAAUGGAGUACUUGAUAACAUCAAAUAAUUCCAAUGGGAUAAAAAAAAGACAAUAAUGAAAUAACUUUCAUGCAUUAAAGUUAAAAUAAGUAUUUUAGCAAAUACAAGUACUAAAAUAAACAAUAUAGUAUUUAAAUAAUUCAUAAUAUUUAAAGAAUGUUUACUCUGGUCAGAUGUUUCCCUUCGAUAAAAAAUGUAACCACAAGGAAAACAUUUGCUGUAUGUUGUAAUAUAUAAUCCAAUAACGAACAUCAAAUUACAAUUUUGCAGCGUAAAUAUUUUACAUUUUUUUAAAUAAUAAGUUCUCUAAUACGCCAUCAAGCCUGUAACACACAUAUAGCUUAACGCAGUACAAAAUAAAACUACUUACGAGGGCUACUAAAAUACUCCAUUAACUAUGCGACACACUUUUAUUUUCUGCAAAAUUUUUCGUUCGAUUAUUAAAUGUUAUUUUUUUAUUUAAUAAUAAAAUUCGAUUAUUAAAUGCAUAUUCUUUUACAAGCUUCUUCUUUUUUUCUUUCACAAAAGUUUAAAAAAUAACAACUCAUUUAUUUAUUUUUAUAAAAUUAUUGUAAUUGCGUAUUUUCAGUUUCCGAUAAGAUUAAUGUUCAUGAAAAUCAACGUCAUCAAAUAAUUAUUAUAAAAAUUUCGCUUGUAAUGAAUUCAGUAUGGAAAGCAGAAACAAAUGCACAGAUUCAUUGUAUGAAGCCUUUUUAGAUAGUUACAUGAAUGUGUUGAAUCUUAUUUUUCAGAUUUUUUAUGUAUUUAACUAUUUCCCAGCAGCAUUCUUCUAAUAAAGCAGAAUUCUCAGUAGUCUGAAAGGAAUUCCUACGCUCAAAGCUGCAGGGACCAUACAUUUGUUUUUAAGUUUCCCUCAAUUUUUAAUUUUUUAAAUUUAAGGUGUUGAAUUUUUCAUAGUGCAAUGGAUGUAAAAUACACAGUGUGUAAUUGAAAAAUACCUGCAUUAUAAUAUGCCCUAUUAAUAUUGUUACUAACAGCCUUCUUUUCUAUUUAUUCUAUUUAGAAUGAGUCAUGAUUUUAAACCAAUACUGAAAUGUAUACUUUUAUUCGUAAACAAUUGUUCACUUCUUCGCUGCGUCCAAGAUAAGGACAUUAUGACAAUUAAUUUAACUAUCGCACCAGAUAUAGAGGUGUAUGCCUUAAUUUCUGAGAAAUUUAAUUACAUCGAUUGUAUUUUUAGUGCAAAAGAAAAAGUGUGUUGUGAACGGUGAAAUGUUUUGUCUUUAUUUUAUAUCCAUAAGCAAUAGAUUCUCAAGUAUCCAGGUAUGAAUGCGAAGUCGUCGACCUUCAGUGGUUAAAGAUUUCGUCGAAGUGUAUCAGCUAUAUAUAUAAAUUUUUGAACUUUAGUGUGUACAGUCAAGUAUCCCUGUUUAUGUAUAAUGUUCAAGAAGGACUGCGUACAUCUUGCACCUGUGUGUGUGAACAAUUUCCUGAAAGAGUGGUUUUGAAAAACAAAUCAAUGUUUUAAAAAAUCCCUCUUGGUAUCAUACGUAUUUAUUCUACCACAUACGUCAGUCGUCAAUGUUGUUGGUAAAAAACAUUUUAUCAUUAUAUAUAAAUAUAUGUAUAUGAAUGCAUAUACGUAUAUAUAUAUAUGUAUAAAACAUCUAAACUUUUACAACGUUUCAGUGGCUUGGCAUGCAAUAUACAGCUGAAAUCGGCUUUGUUGUUCGCGUCUUACUAUCAUUGUUAAUUCUAGUGUGACAUGUGCGUUGUAAACUUUUUCUAUUGUUCUGUUCGUUUGUUAAUAAUAAUUAUUGAUUAUUAAAAAUUUUUGAAUGCUUUCUCGUAGAAACAAGUCCAUUGAAUGGAUGAGAAAAGUGUAAUAAAUACUAUGCUACGUACUACCACCCAGUUUCAGCGCCAUCGGGUUGAAGACUGUAUUUAAUUUUAUUUCACUCCGGAAUGACAUCAGUUUCAUUCCUCAAUUUGUCUUUUUAUGCAGUAUUUAUUUCUUUCAUGCCGAGAUCAUGGCUACUGCUGAUGUCUGCAUAAAAUUAAUAGAGAUGAAAAUAUUAACUUUUUGGAAUUUUGAAUAAUCGUGAAGCUGUUUAAACAUUAUGAUUCAUGUACACAUCAACAUGUGAAAAGAAUUUUAAUUUUACGUUAACUAUUUAUCAAAACAGGUACAACUAUUUAAUAGAUUUAUUGAAGUAGAUUAUGAACUUCUCAUUACAGUAAAUUCUGAAAAAAGAUUUGACACAAGUUGACGAAAGUAUUUUUUCGACCUCAAAUGUAUUUGAAUUCUUAUCAGAUCAAAAUGCAUGAUUUAUUAUGAAAUUUUGAUUUCUAAUUCAGCUGUGCUAUUUUAGAGCAGUGCAACUAAUUUUAAAUCUAUAUUGUUACUACUGUCACCAUGCGUGUCAUGAAAAUAAUUAGAAUAAAAGUUUUCAGUUAAAAACAAUUAUAAAAAUAAGUUUUUAUGAUAAAUAGUGUUGAAUAACUGCGCAGUUAUGACUACACAGAAAUUAUUUUUCUAAGUUUCUAUUGGAAAACGUUUAUAUAUCUAAGUUUCUAUUGAGGAAAAAAAUAAAUAAAAAUCGAAUGUUCAUCAGCAGCAGUUAUCCUAACUUAAAGUUCACUACACUUUCAACUUGUUUUGCGCUGGAAAUGGGUGCUUAGCCUGUAGAAAUUUCUUAGUUGUUGAAAUGCUUCUAUGCCUGUAAGUUCGUGUAGCUCUACAGUCUGAUGAACAUACGUCAUAUACGUUAGUACUUACGGACAUAACUCAGAAGACUGGUCAAAUAAAUAUACAUCUCUAGAAGAG